UAAGCAAAAGCAACAAUGCAAGAAGAAGAAUCUUACCUACAAGUGACUUUACAACUUCAACCAACUGUUGAUAAAGAUAAAAAUGACUACCCACUACCUAAAGACAGGAGCCUGACAUUCUCUCAGUAUCCCCAAACAGGACUAGAAGUGAAGAGAAGAGUACAAGACAAAUUCCACAUACCACUGUGUCUACAAACAAUUUAUUUUAAUUCAUUUGUACUCGAGGACAACCAGGAACUGAGAAACAUACACUUUAGAGAAGGAGACACCCUCACAGUAUCCUACACUACUCAUGGUGACCUGAGUACUGUCCAGGACAUCAUUAAUGCCAUCACCACCGUAUCAGGACAACUUGAAAGCAUCAAAGAGUCUAUUCUAGAAGGUAGUCUCACUCAAGAGGAAUAUGAUCAAGUCUUGGAUUACAAUUUCGUUGAUCAUAUAAACGAAUCGUUUGUGAGGACAACCCCAGAUAUAGUCAAAGUCCAUCACCUUUACUUUAUACAUAAUUUUGGAGCUGAUGUCUUCUUGAAAAUCAAGAGACUCCUUGCUGGGAUCCCAUGGGAAAAACUACCAUUUAAACUCCAGUGCCUAGAGCAUGCAGCACUCAAGUAUUUCUGGAGCCUCUCGUCCACUAUUGGAGUUCGCUGUUACUUAUUCAACUUUCCUGAUCUAGUGGAACUAAUUGCUAGCUCAAUACUUCGAAUAAAAGCUAUUCCAAAUGAGAAGCUUAGCAUUGCUAACAUGCACUAUGCUUAUCUUGAUGGCUAUUAUUUUGUUGUUAGAUCAGCAAUAACUAUCAUGUACAGUGGCAUAGGGACUAUGGCAAAUCUUGCUGAGUUGAUAGAGUUUAGAGAAGAGAUUGCUAGCAUGCCAAACUUGUUAGACCAGAUGACCUCAAUCAUGCUCUGUCCUCAAUUUGGCAUAGUAAAUACACACCUUGGACUCUCAACUCUGUUUGCUUUAAGCUUCUCCCCAUCCUGCCACCAUAAAAUAGCCAGCCCAUUGAUAAUAGAGAGGAUUAUGGAAGCAUCCAGUCACAAGAGGCUAGCUUCAAAAGGAACUGUCACUGAACACAACAGCACCAUGAUCAAUUAUUUUAUAAGCGUUUACCUUGCCCUUGUGAGCCCAAUGCUAUCAAGGAAGGAGGAGUUUCAUUCGCUACUACUCCAGGUCAUAUCACACAUGCAGCAGUUUCUUCAAAAAACAAACUACGAAGCAAUCCAUCAGGCUGAAGUGAAGACUGGACAUGAGUGGUCUACAAUAAAACCAAUUCUUUGCCUGGUCUACAGGACAAUAGACGAAUACAAUGACAUCCCACUAUUGCCAGAAUUAUACAGGACUAGUUUACAAGUUGGGCUCAUUAGUCUACAGGAAAUAACUCUUGCCAGUGAUUUCAAAGAAAUUGUGGAGAAUGAAGGACUCCAUGACUACUUAAUGUGUCUUCCUUGGUACAUGAGAGAUGAUGAGCUAAGAGAAGAGGCUGAGGUUUUGUAUAGAUUGGUACAGGCUAAGAUAAAGACAUCAUGUCCUCCUACACUAGUUAACCUAAUAAAAGGAUAUCUAGCAACCAAUGCUGGCUUUACACUACAGGAACUAAUGUCACCUUCCUUCAUUGAGACACUUGAGCAAAGAUUAACUUAUAAUUGAGUUUAUACAGUUUUUAUAAUAAUUUUUAAAAUUUAAUUUGUGUGUAACAUUUUUAAUUAUUAUUGUGGGUGUUGCUUCACAUUCUUUUA